CUCUGCUUGCCAGUCCCUGGAGGAGGCGGAGGGAGCCCGCAGCUGCCCGGCCUGGGCACCAUGCAGCCGGGCAGGCGGUAGGGGCAGCCCGCCGGGGGCCAUGGCCACCUGGAAGCGGGACGGCCGGGUGACCGGCUGCCAGCGGCUGGGCUGCGCCGGGCUGGCCGGGGUGCUGAGCCUCAGCCUGACCGCCCCGCUGGAGCUGCUCACCGUCCUGGCCCAGGUGGGCACCUCCCCGCCCUGGCGGGGGCUCUGGCAGGCGGGCCGCAGCGUCUGCCGGGCCGAGGGCAUCGGGGCGCUGUGGAAGGGGAACCUCACCGCCUGCCUGCGCCUCUUCCCCUGCAGCGCCCUGCAGCUCGCCUCCUACCGCAGGUUUGUCGUGCUCUUUAUGGAUGACUUGGGCCACAUUUCCCAGUGGAGUGCCAUCAUGGCUGGAAGCUUGGCUGGGACGGUUGCAACAAUAGUGACUUACCCUACCGAUGUGGUAAAAACGCGACUCAUAGUGCAGAACCGGUUGGAGCCAUCUUACAAAGGGAUUCUUCAUGCUUUUUACACAAUUUAUCAUCAAGAAGGAUUCCCUGCACUUUAUCGCGGUGUUUCACUGACUGUAUUAGGUGCUAUCCCGUUUUCUGCUGGCUCGUUCUUUGUUUACAUCAAUCUGAAUAAUAUAUGGCAUGAGCCCAGCUUUCACUUCUCUCCUCUUCAGAACUUCAUAAAUGGCUGCCUAGCAGCUGGGGUAGCACAGACACUCUCCUUCCCCUUUGAGACCGUAAAGAGGAAAAUGCAGGCUCAGAGUCCUUGCCUUCCCCAUUAUGGAGGGGUUGAUGUCCAUUUUACUGGCAUGGUUGACUGUUUUAGGCAAACUGUAAAGACCAAGGGCGUGCUCGGACUCUGGUGUGGACUCACAGCCAAUCUGCUCAAGAUUGUCCCAUACUACGGUGUUAUGUUUAGCACCUUUGAGUUCUGCAAGCGGGUCUGUCUCUACAGGAAUGGUUAUAUUGAAUCUCCCUUAAGCUACAAGCUAAUUCCCGGAGUGGACCAGAGUUUACAACCACAAGAGUUGCAAGAAUUAAAGUUUCUCCGAAGAGGAAAUUUUGAGCCACCAAAGCCAACUCUUGAAAAUUGACAUUGGAAAGUCCAUUGAACAAAUAUAUGUUGCAGUCAUUCUCGGCCAACUCCACAACCUGAAGAAAACAUAGCAAAAAGGAAGACGCAUUGCACUAGAGGUAGCAACACCUCAGUUUACCAUAUGGCCUUCCCUGGGAUUGAAACCCCCAUGUCAAACAUGAAUAAACCUUGUAACUCA